UCAUGCUUUAAUGUGCUGAGAAAAGAUCUAAUCCACUGUCAUUGUGCAUUUCCGUGUUUUAGUAAAUGUCUACAAACGCGAAGUUGUUUGACAGACAAUUGAUGCUUUAAAAACGGACUAUUUUCAUCAAAUAAAACAUACCAUCUCAACAUGUUAUUAUGGCGUCAUAUAAACGGAAACAGCCGAAACAGAAAAGUUUUGCACAACAUGCUCGAGAUUUAGAUUCAAGUAUUGAUGAUGUCCUUGUAGAUGAGUGUAUGGUAUUACUUGCCUUUAUUGCACGACUCCUUCAGAAUAAUAUCUUUAUAAAUGAGGAAUUUAUUCCGGUUGGUAGCUGCACUGAUGGAUCUAAAGUGAAUCUUCCAGGUGAUUUUGGGGACAUUGAUAUACUGGUUAUACCUAAUCAUAUUAUUCUGAAUGAAUCGGACUUCGAAUAUGACCGAAACUACCCAGCUUUCCUGCGUAUCAGAAUAAAUAAGUGUAAUGAAAAAUAUUUCAAAUAUAUCACACAGUUUAUGAAUGGAAAAUACUUGCCGAAUUCCGUUUUAAAAGAUAUUCCUGAGAGAUUGUUCCCGAUAUUAAAAUUGCUUUUAAUCGUGGAAACGUGGCCGCAAGAGACAAAGUACUGGGAGGAAUACAUUUUACCAAGAUCGUCAUCUGUUGGACAAGAACAUUCUAGAAUAUACCCAGAAGAAUUUGAUUUACUUGAUCAUUUACCUCCAAGAUCAGAUAGACUUAAACAAGAAGAGAAACGCUUCAUGAAAAACGUUCUUAUUCACGGUGUGAACAAAGGAAUGCAAUAUUUAUUUAAGAUUCGAAGGGCCCAAAAUAAAAGCUGCUGGAAAUGUUCCGAUAAUUUUGGUCAUCAGCCAGGUGAAGGCCUGUCUGAUGGCAGUGCAAAAUUUCAGUAUAAAUGGUCUGAUGAAUGUGUUAACGAUGAACUAAAUUACCACGUCAGUACUGAAAAUAGUGUUCCCAUAUUCAGAAAAAGCUAUCAUAUGAAUGAACGGUAUGGUUAUAAACAAAAAACAAUCGAGGAAUCAAAAACAUUCGAGGAAUCGGUACAUGCAAUACAUCCUAAAAGUACUAAAGCAGGUGUAAGAAUGUCAAACACAGAGAAUGAACCACAUCAAGAAGAAAUGAAAAAUGAAAAAUUCUCUAGAAUGGCGUCCAAAGACUUUGUUCCGGCCUUUAAGUUUAAAGGAUGGCCACGCACAGCGGAGGAAUGGAUUUACCGUCCGCGUAAAUGGCCUUCAAAGCUGAUAAUUCGGAAAAUAUUAGAUACUGGUUUCCAAGUUGUAGCGAAACGACCAAGACCACUUUACAUCGCGAACGAAUGUAGUGGCAAACAAGAUCCGUAUUUCAGACUUUCGUUUGCGUUAUCAGAGCAGAUACUAGCAAAUGAUAUGAAAAAACCUCAAAAAGUCUGCUGGAGGGUACUUAAAGCGUACCAGAAAGGGUUUCUGCAAACAAAAACUAAAAUUCUCACCUCGUAUCACUGGAAAAACGCACUUCUUUGGGUGAGUGAACAGCUUGAUGCAAGUUUUUGGACCGAUCAAACUGUGCUUGAAUGUGUUCUAAAAGCACUCGAAUUUGUUGAAGCAUGUCUAAAGUCAAAACAAUUCCCAUUCUACUUCGUAAGAAAUAUGAAUCUGCUCGCUGGCUUUCACGGCUCUGAUCUCGACGAGUUACAAAUUAAAAUCCAGCAGAUACGACAACAUCCUCUUAUUCAUCUGCGGAAUUUCAUUGAAAUACCACCGAGCCCAGAACCUUUUACAUUUAGUGAUAAGGAGUAUCAUAACGCGAUGACAGAUGACUUAAUAGCAAGACGAUAUGUUAGCUCUAUAGCUGAAACUGUUGAUAUUAUCUUAGAUCAAUCCUUAAACUGUUGUGAUACGUGUCAUAGUUCAGAGAGGCAAACUGACCAGAAUAUGCAUCCACGGAGAAUAGUCUACGCACUUAUGCACACCAUAUCCAACUUGACUCAUGAUAAAGAUGAAGACGAGGCUCUUCCAAAAACUUUCGUGACAGCUAUGGAAGAGUUUGCCUUUCAAAAAGAGGUCAAUUCAUUGCAUCCAACUUACGCAAAUUGACUGAUGAGAUUAAAAGCGAUGUCGCUUGUAGAAAGCACGAAAUGGAACGAUGAAACCAACAAGACAGUUUCUUCUGCUAUUACAGAUUUCCAAACUGUAUUGUCACAACUUGAUGACGACCCAAAUUCUUCAAUUGACGCUGCGGUACAAUGCCUUCCAAAGUUUCUCUCAUGUGUGAGAUUAAUAGCAGAAAGUGACUUAGAACAAAAUACUUCUAAGGAAAAGAAUAGUGGUAACAAUUUUGCCCAAGAAGUUCAACGUGCGAUGACGAAAGUGACCGAAGUAGCUGAAAGAGCCCUGACUAAUCCAGCAGCGCAGUCCGCCAUUGCUUCCGGUGUUAAAACAGUCGUAAACAAAGUUUCUAGAAAACUGUUUGACAUUUUGUAAUCUUUCAUGCAAUCGAGAUAGUCUAUGGUUAAGAGUGUUUGAAGAGAGUUAUGCGUUAUGUAACACGAGUAUUAUAUUGUAUUGUACCAGAUUUACUUAAUACUAUUUUCAUGAUAAGCUGGUUCAAAGAAGCUUUACAUACAAGUACAUCCACUCAGGGCGCCAAAUUCAUCUUCUACUAGUCCAGAGACAGAGCGCUCUGAACAGAGAGACUGAGGGACAGAGAGAGAGACGUUCGGUUUCGAGGGCGUCGGAAAAAAGAUGUUUCCGGGUUGCCACUUUACCAUUUAUUCACUAUGUUGUGAUAUCUAAAAUUCAUUUUGUAAUAUUAUUGAUUAGUUUUAUAAUAUAUAUUUUAUAAUAUAAGAUAAUUUUAUUCAUUUAUUGAUAUCACUUAUUCAUUUUGUUAUAUAAAUCAAUGAUUUUAAUAAUAUCAUAAAAUGGAAAUGAACUUAUGGUAUUAAAAUGAUUUUAAGAUAU